AUGGCGGCUGGUAGCGAAUCGCUCGAGUCCUGGCUGAACAAGGCCACCAAUCCCUCCAACAAGCAGGAAGACUGGGAGCAUAUUAUGGGAUUUUGUGAUCAAAUCAAUAAGGAACUUGAGGGACCACAACUAGCCACAAAACUCUUGGUAAACAAGAUACAUUCACCACAGGAAUGGGAAGCAGGACAAGCCCUGAUGGUUCUGGAGGCUUGCAUGAAGAACUGCGGCCAGAGAUUUCAGAAUGAAGUGGGGAAAUUCCGUUUUCUAAAUGAGCUCAUUAAAGUAAUCUCUCCAAAAUAUCUAGGAGACAAAGUGUCUGACACGGUUAAGUCAAAAGUGAUUGGAAUGAUUUACAGUUGGACAAUUUACCUACCUGAGGAAACCAAAAUCUGUGAGGCUUACCAGAUGUUGAAGAGCCAAGGGAUUGUGUUAGCUGAUCCAGAGAUCUCUCUGGAUGCGACAUUAGUCCCUACACUGCCGCCAGAGCGCCCCAAGAAUACUGUGUUCGAUGAUGAACACAAAGCCAAAAAGUUGGCAGAGCUGCUCAAGAGCAGAAAGCCAGCAGAUCUGCAAGAAGCAAAUCAGCUCAUAAAGAACAUGGUGAAAGAGGAUGAGGUGAAAACACAGAAAAUCUCAAUGCAGAAAAGCACACUAGAAGCGGUCAACAGCAGUGUCAAACUCCUUAACGAGAUGCUGACUUACUUCAGCCCAAAUGACUCCACUAAUAGUGACAAGGAUCUCAUUAGGGAGCUACAUGCAGACUGUGACAAGCUGAGACAAAAGGUUUGUCAGCUUGCUACAGAAACCGAUGAUAACGAUACCUACUUGGGAGACAUCCUCCAGGCUAAUGAUGAUCUCUACAGUGUCAUGAAUUCUUGCAAGAAAAUUUUGGACGGCCAGUCCAUCAAUGGCGUGACAACAUCAUUAUCAGGUACACAGUGAAAUAGUAAUCCCAGUCAGGAUGUGGAACUUUUGGACAGAAAUUCAACUGAAAAUCCCACAGCCUGGGAGCCGUCUUCUCUGGAUCAGUGUCAACAAGAUCUAGCCCUACUUGAUUUAGGCAGUCCUGAAAGCAUCCCUGCACCACAGUUUGACAACACACAAGCCAAAUGUGGCAGUUUGUGUUCUCCCGCCAACCUCUUGCACCAUGAAGAGGUUCCAGUUGCGCCUUCCUUCCCCACGGCCAAUUCCCAAGCCGACAACCCUCUGUUACACUCUCUGUGCCCCCUACUCACACACACCCAGCCCUCUUUAGGUGUGGUUGAGGAGCCGUCUCUUGCUGAUGUCUUUGUACCUUUGGAGAAUGUCAAACCAAGUAAAAUGUGUCCCGUCACAGCAUAUGACAGGAGGGGGGUUCGUGUGCUACUGCAUAUCGCUAAUGACUGUCCACCUGGCAGACCAGACGUGUUGGUGAUUGUGGCUUCCAUGCUGAAUACAUCCACUCUUCCUGUCAGCGAUAUUGUCCUACAGGUUGCAGUUCCCAAGACUAUGAAAGUGAAAUUGCAGCCACCCUCUGGGACAAAGCUAACUCCUUUUAACCCUAUCCUGCCACCUGCUGCCAUCACUCAGGUUUUGCUGCUUGCCAAUCCUCAUAAGGAAAAGGUUCGGAUGAGGUACAAGCUGAGGUUCACUCUCGAUGAGCAGCCCUACACAGAAGUGGGAGAAGUUAAAGAGUUUCCACCUGAUGACUAA